UAUUGAGAAAAUCACCGGUCGGCCGAAUAUUAAAAAAAGAAAAAGAAAAGAAAAGGGGGUAUUGCGCAAUAUAAAAAGGGCAGAAAUUGGUGAAAUCGAGCCCGCUUCGUCUUCGUCUUCAUCUUCGUCUUCGUCUUCGUCCUCAGCACUGUCGUCUUAAUUUUGAAAAAGUAAUUGCAAUUGCAAUAGUAGUAGUAACAGCGUGGGUCUGGUCUGGAAAUCAAAAGAAAAAAAUGGCCAACAGUAAUCUCCCCCGAAGAAUCAUCAAGGAAACUCAGCGUCUUCUAAGUGAACCAGCACCGGGAAUUAGUGCUUCUCCAUCAGAGGACAACAUGCGAUAUUUUAAUGUAAUGAUCCUCGGCCCAACACAGUCUCCAUACGAAGGAGGAGUUUUCAAGUUGGAACUAUUUUUGCCUGAAGAAUAUCCAAUGGCUGCUCCUAAGGUCCGAUUUCUCACCAAAAUAUAUCAUCCUAACAUUGACAAGCUUGGAAGGAUAUGCCUUGAUAUUCUGAAAGACAAAUGGAGUCCUGCUCUUCAAAUUCGAACUGUACUUUUGAGCAUUCAAGCUCUUCUGAGUGCUCCGAACCCUGACGAUCCACUUUCUGAGAACAUUGCGAAGCAUUGGAAAACGAAUGAGGCUGAAGCUGUUGAAACAGCAAAGGAGUGGACCCGUUUAUACGCAAGUGGUGCCUGAUGACAUGGUGGAAAGUUUUGCUUCCCCUGAAUAACAUUAAUGAAAUGUAUGCUAUUGACUGUCAAUUUUAAAUGGAAAUUUAGUACAACUGAUCUUUGAACAAUCGGAGUUUAGUAUUCUCAAAGCUUCCAGUUGCUGUCCGUUCAUUGUUUUCCUCUCAUGUAAGCCUUGUGAAACUUGUAUGAUAAAAUGGGCCAUUAAGUGGCAAACUAUUCUAUAUAUAAUAUUCAUGCCUGGUAGGUUUCUUUAGUCAGAAUUGUUUUUAA